UUGAAAAAGUUGUGAGGCAAAACAAUAAAGAAGAUACCGAAAACGUUUAUAAAUUUCUAAAGUUGAGAAAAGUUUCCAAAUAUUGUUAAAAAUGGGUUCUUCGUCUGGAAAGAAACACAAGAAGGACAAAAAACAUAGUCAUCGCUCCCGCUCACAUGAACGGCAACACCGCGGACCGGAUGAGGAGGUUACUCUGGAUCUCACAGACGACUCGACGUCGACGCGACACAAACACCACAAGCACAAGAAACACAAGGAACAUCGCCAUAAGCACCACAAGCAAAAGGAGCGAGAGCGACCCAGCGAGGUCAUAUCUCUCGAGGAGUCGGACUCGGACAGUUCCGACUGCGUGGAGGUGCCGAUCGAACAAGUUGCCAGGGCGAAGGUACGUGAACCGUCAGCGAGGGAACGAGAUCCGCCAACUCGGGAAAGAGAACCAUUGGCACGGGAGCGUGAGCCACUUGUACGAGAGCGGGAACAACAUGCUCGAGAACGGGAGCCACCUGCUCGGGAGCGGGAGCCACCUGCUCGGGAGCGUGAGCCACCAGUUCGAGAACGUGAUCAUGAAAUAACAGCCCCACCACCACCACAAAUAUCGAAGCAUGUGGAUUAUGAGCGCGAGCGACGACGAGAGCGUGAAAACGAACGUGAACGCGAAUCACGUAGACGAGGAGUGAAAGAUCGUGAACGUGGCCGAGGAAGUUCCCGGUCACAAUCACCUACAGCCAGCCACCAACCACAUCGGCAACGUUCGCACUCGCCAAAAGCAGACAAUAUCGCCAGCCGUAAACGUGGCAAUAGGGAGCGAGAGCCAGGACGUGAACGGGAGCGCGAACGUGCUCGCUCACGAAGCCACUCGCCCAUACCGGAAAGCGGUGCUGGUGAUGUACUCUCCAUUGCAGAGACAAACAAAUUGCGUGCUAAGCUUGGCUUGAAGCCACUUGAAGUGGAAACUGGUCCAAGCAAAUCAGCGCCAUCCGCCAGCAGUAGCAGUCAACCGGAAAACAAAAGGUCUGCCACCGAUAAGGAUCUCUCUUCGUACAAGGAUGAAUGGGGCGAGUUCUUGCAUAAGCCAGCAGAUAAUAUAAAAGAAAAAAAGGAGGCCGAAAAACUACGCGAAAAGCUUAAGCAACGCAAAGAGAAGCGUUUCCUCGAAGAACGCUUGGCACGCAUUCGCACGCUUGGCGAAUCUGAUGAGGAAACAGACAAUGUCUCCAAGUGGGUGGAUCGCAACAAGCGUGUUGUUAAUCAGCGUGAAGAGGCGCUGCGCAAAGCCAAAGAGUUGGAGGAACUUGAUGAGGCGUUUGGUGUUACCGAUAUAAUAGAACAGGAAAAGCAAAAGGCUCGUCAAUUGGCCUAUGGUGAUCGCAAUUUGAAGGGCUUACGUGUUGAGCACGACGUGGAUGACUUUGGUGAGGGCCGAACAGUUAUUCUGACGCUCAAAGAUCAGGACGUACUCAACGAGGAGGAGGGUGACACUUUGGUCAAUGUCAAUAUGAUUGAUGAUGAACGCUACAAGAAAAAUGUGGCUAACAAAAAGCUCAAUCCGCUAAGCUAUGGCUAUAAUGUCUAUGAAGAGCAAUACGAUGAGCUUGGAAAUCCAAUUGAGCGUGCCAUACUCGAGAAAUACGAUGAGGAUAUCGAGGGGCAGCCCCAAAAGCGAAAAAACUUUUUGAUUGGCGAAAACAUGGAGGAGGAACGUGAGCAUAAGCGCAAGCUAUUAGAAAUUAAGACCAAAUUAGCUGGUAAACGUUUGGAAACGUUGCAGGAUACGAAUAUAAAAUUAGCAUCAGAUACUUUCAGUGUCGAGGAGCUGGCGACCUUUAAAAAGCCAAAGAAAAAAAUUAAGAAACUGCGCCAGAAGCUAAAAGCCGAGGAUUUGGAACCAAUUGCGGAGUUGUCGGGCUCUUCAAAUCUAGGCAGCCGUCAAAGAAGCUACCGCGAAGCCGACGAUAAUGUAAAUAUGACAGAUGAGUCGAAGCCACAAAUCAAGCUGGAACAUGAUGAUGAUGAUGAUUUGGAGCGCGUACUGUCUAAGGCUCGCAAACUUAAGCAAAAGGAAAACAUUAUCAAGAAACAUUUGCCCAUCGAUGUGACAUCCAUUACGCACAACGUUAAACCUGAGCCGGUGGAUGAUGCUACCGACGCUGGCGGCGUGCUGCUUAGCAGCGCCGAUGGUAAUAUUGUGCUCAACGCCACUGCAGAGUUCUGUCGCACGCUGGGCGAUAUACCCACCUAUGGCAUGGCUGGAAAUCGCAAUGAGGACUCCAAUGACAUGAUGGACUUUGACAGGGCAGAGGCGUUGGAUGAACAUAUGGAUACCAAUCAGGAGGAGCCAACCUUAAGUCAUGGCACAUGGAAUUCGGUUAAUCCUGAUGAAGUUAUGCAGCCCGCUGAUUUGGAUAAUUUGGGCGAUGAUGUCGAGGAGAGAGCUAUAUUAGAUGAGGAGCCCGACGUGGGCGCUGGCGUGGCAAAUGCACUGCGCUUGGCCCUAUCCAAAGGUUAUUUGGAAAAGGAGGAGAAAAAUCGACCGAGUAAUACAAAAAUGGCGCAUCUACAGGCAAAGAACUAUUCCAUUGAGGACAAAGCUGCUGGUGAGGAUGACAAAAUCGGACGUCGCGAUCGUUUCCACGCUGGUCCCAUUAUGGAAUUUAAGGACAAAGAAACAUUCAAGCCCAAUGUCAAACUUGAUUAUAUUGAUGAUAAUGGUCGAAUCCUGAACCUUAAAGAGGCUUUCCGUUAUCUGUCGCACAAGUUCCAUGGCAAGGGACCUGGAAAAAACAAGAUUGAGAAGCGUCUCAAGAAAAUGGAGCAGGAUGGCCUAAUGAAAACAAUGAGCUCCACGGACACGCCACUUUGCACAUUAACAAUGCUUCAGCAGAAGCAAAAGGAAACCAAAACACCAUAUGUGGUGCUUAGUGGUAGCAACAAAACUACCGCUGGCGUUAGUGGCGCCUCAAUAUCCAAGUUUAAGUAAAGAGUUGGGAUACAGCCCAGAAAUGUUUACAACCAAAUGCAAUAGUAACUUCCAAAAUCACAAUUUAAAAGCUUAUUGUAGUUCAUAUACAUAUAAGUUUAGAGUUCAGAACCAUACAAAACGCUAAUAUGCAACUCAACUUCAUAUUUAUUGAUAAUAAACUAACCUUGUUCUCAAACGAAAAGAAAGAACAGCCAUAAAA